CUCACCACCUCAGCUUGCCAGCAUUUAAGCGUCUGUCAGGGAUUCUGUGCUGGGCUCGGUUCAUCCUCUUCCGAAGCCCUGGUACCCGCAGCCCUGUCUCCUCCCUCUGGGGUGAGUCCAGCGGCAGCCUUCUUUGCAGCCUCAUUUUUUUCUGAUCACAGCAUUUAUUCUCCAGCCCUGAGAGCAAGGCAGCCUCUGAGGAGCCCACCCCCGUGCCCCACCCUCCACCCGCUCCGUUAGCCCUCCGGGAGAAAGGCCAUCCUACUUCCGGCAGAAGGUCUCAAGUGGGCCUCCUCUCUGUGCAUCGGACCCUCUGCCAUUCCUCCCAUGCCUAGGCCCGCCCUGUCAGUCACUGCUUUUUGUCAUCGGCUUGGCAAACGGGAGAGAAAAGGAGGCUUCAUGGGAAACAGCAGCAACAGUUGGGAGCCACAAGGCUGGAUGGGCCAGACUGUGCAGGGAGGGACCGGGACAAGCAGGUCCCAUGCAUCAAUCCCCAAGCUGGAGUUGGGCCUGGGACACCGUCCCACACCGCCCAGGGAGCCACCUACUUGUUCCAUCUGCUUGGAAAGGCUGCGAGAGCCCAUCUCGCUGGACUGUGGCCACGACUUCUGCAUUAGAUGUUUCAGCACACACCGAAUCCCAGGCUGUGAGCCGCCCUGCUGCCCCGAGUGCAGGAAGAUCUGCAAACAGAAAAAGGGUCUCCGCAGUCUCGGGGAAAAAAUGAAGCUCCUGCCACAGCGGUCGCUGCCCCCUGCACUGCAGGAGACCUGUGCUGUGAGGGCUGAACGGCUGCUGUUGGUGCGCAUCAACGCCUCUGGAGGCCUCAUUCUCAGGAUGGGGGCCAUAAACCGCUGUCUGAAGCAUCCGCUGGCCAGGGACACGCCUGUCUGCCUACUUGCUGUCCUGGGGGAGCAGCACUCAGGGAAGUCCGUCCUCUUGGACCACUUGCUCAGAGGCUUGCCUGGCCUGGAGUCUGGUGAGGGUGGCCAGCCCAUGACAGAGGGGUCCCUGCCUGGGUUCAAAUGGGGUGCCAAUGGUCUCACCAGGGGCAUAUGGAUGUGGAGCCACCCCUUCCUGCUGGGAAAAGAAGGGAAGAAGGUGGCUGUGUUCCUAGUGGAUACAGGGGAUGUCAUGAGCCCUGAACUGAGCAGGGAAACAAGGAUCAAGCUCUGUGCUCUCACCAUGAUGCUGAGCUCCUACCAGAUCCUGAAUACCUCCCAGGAGCUAAAGGACACGGACCUGGGCUAUCUGGAGAUGUUCAUCCAUGUGGCUGAGGUGAUGGGCAAGCAUUAUGGGAUGGUGCCAAUCCAGCAUCUGGACCUCUUAGUUCGUGACUCUUCUCCUCACAAUAAGGCAGGUCAGGGACAUGUGAGUGACAUACUCCAGAAGCUGUCUGGCAAAUACCCCAAGGUCCAGGAGUUGCUCCUAGGGAAACGAGCCCGCUGUUACCUCCUUCCUGCCCCAGGAAGGCAGUGGGAGAAUAAAGGCCAAGGAAGCCCAAGAGGCGACACAGAAGAUGACUUCUGCCACCUUCUCCGGGCCUACAUCUCGGAUGUGCUGAGCACGGCCCCUCAGCAUGCUAAGAGCCGCUGUCAGGGGUACUGGAGUGAGGGGCGUGCUGUGGCCAGGGGGGACCGACGCCUGCUCACAGGUCAACAGCUGGCACAGGAGAUCAAGAACCUCUCAGGCUGGAUGGGGAAGACAGGGCCCAGUUUCAACUCUCCAGACGAGAUGGCCGCUCAGCUGCAUGACCUGAGGAAAGUGGAGGCUGCCAAGAAGGAGUUCGAAGAAUAUGUGAGGCAGCAGGACAUAGCCACCAAACGAAUCUUCUCUGCACUCCGAGUCCUGCCAGACACUAUGCGGAACCUCCUUUCGACUCAGAAGGAUGCCAUCUUGGCUCGCCAUGGUGUGGCUUUGCUGUGCAAGGAGAGAGAGCAGACCCUGGAGGCCCUGGAAGCUGAGCUGCAGGCAGAAGCCAAGGCCUUUAUGGACUCCUAUACAAUGCGCUUCUGUGGCCACCUGGCUGCUGUAGGGGGCGCUGUAGGUGCUGGUCUCAUGGGCCUGGCAGGGGGUGUGGUGGGUGCAGGCAUGGCAGCAGCAGCCCUGGCUGCUGAAGCAGGGAUGGUGGCGGCUGGGGCAGCAGUGGGGGCCACUGGGGCUGCUGUGGUUGGGGGUGGUGUGGGUGCUGGGCUGGCUGCUACUGUGGGCUGCAUGGAGAAAGAGGAAGAUGAAAGGGUGCAAGGAGGAGACCGAGAGCCUCUUCUUCAGGAAGAAUAACAGCUAGGCUGUGUGGAAGGGUGAGAGUGAGAGGAGAUGGGGACAUGCCAGGGAUUCAGUGGGGACGAUGGUGCACUGCCUCUGCCACUGAGUUGGAGAUUCAGGGUGACUCCAGGAAUCUAGGGAGGCUGUCUGGGAAGGAGGCAUUGUUGGGAGCAGCAAAUAGGGAUUGGGGUCCAUUUUUGGCUGUAGAUGAUUGCUACUUCUUGGAGCCCAGGUUCUCCCACUACAAAUGAGCUUCCACCAUUCCAGUUUAUUAUUUUCUUGGAGGACCCUGGUCUGGAAGUUUUCCCCUGGGUGCAGAACCCUAUCCUUUCAAAGAUAAGAGAAGCCCAGCAUGACUGCCCUUGGAGCUGGGGGCCCUGACAGUGACUGGGAAGAAAGAGAUGGAGAAGAGAACGCAGGGCAGAGGCUGAAAGUGGGGCAUGACAGACAGUAGCAUACCCCUGGGGUCCAGACUUACUCCCAAGGCUACCCUGCAGGACUGACAUGGCCGGCUGCCUUCACCACCUCUGCAACUGGGCAUCUGGUAUAUAUCCUGACCCGACCUGUAACCCAGCUUCCUGCUGGCCUCCUGGACUUGUGCCCUUGCCACACCCACUGAGAUGAAGGAGCCCCAUGUUCUUUGCAGAAUGCCCUCACCAUGGCAGAUUAAAUGCCAAAGAACCACACUGUUGAUUGCAUUCUGAGCUAAGGAGGUCUGCACCAGCUUCUACCAAAGUCUGGUAAGCAAAAGAAUAGAGAAGGAGUUCCAUCCCUAGAUGUAGCCUUCCUCCCCUGAGCCUCUGAGCCCCUCUGUACCACAUUAUAAGACCUUGAUGCAGCUCUCUGAACAAGCCCUCACAGAGACAUUGUGGAUUGGGAGCCUCUCUCAGGGGUAUGGAAAGUUCUAGGAGGACUUCUGGGAUAUUAACCUAUAAAGGAUGUCUGGCAUAUGACCCUUUAUUUUAUAUAAAAAUAAAAUGUGUGUAUGUGA